AUGGAGAUUACCGAGUCUCUCAACAUGGGAUGGUCAAAAUACAAUCAAGCGCUCGCAACAAUUCCCAAAGAAGACUACGACGAUGUUUUCUCCAUCCCAUCCCACACUUCCACCACUCGAUUGAGUGGAAUUCUUGGUUUUCAUGGCUACGAGUUUGGGAUGGAAGAAACAGUUGUCGAAGUUAUCUUGAGCGAUCCUGGGAGUGUAUUUUUGGAUGACGGAGUGCAGGUUCAACAGAAGCGCAGAAAGCUGCUUCUGUUGGAUUAUAAUAUCAAUGGCGCUACGAUAAAUGAUGACAAGUUGUUAAUUAUAGGAGAGGAUAAGAGAGGAAUUAAGAGAUCGUUGGAAGAGGAGGAAGACGGCACCAAAACUUCCAAGAAACUGACAAGGCAAAUGAUUUCACAGUACUUCUACAUGCCUAUAACUCAAGCAGCUAGGGAGCUGAAUGUAGGGUUAACCCUCUUGAAGAAAAGGUGUAGGGAAUUAGGAAUCAGGAGAUGGCCACACAGAAAGCUCAUGAGCCUCCAAACCCUAAUCAAGAAUGUUCAGGAAUUUGGCAAGGAGGAGGGUGAAGGGAAGUUGCAGGAAUCGUUGGAGAUUUUGGAGCAAGAGAAAAAGCUAAUGGAGGAGAUCCCAGACUUGCAAUUGGAGGAUAAAACGAAGAGGUUGCGACAAGCAUUUUUCAAGGCAAAUUACAAGAAGAGAAAGUUGAUGGGAAGGAUCGAUUCGUCGUCCAAAUCUGUAGCGCCUACCAGUGGCUGUGACGUUUGCAUUGCCUGAUCAAAAUGCCGCUAAUUUCUGUAGACAGGCAGAGAUUAUUGAUUACGACGAUGAAGACGACGAGUUCAAGUAUUUUUUCUCAGAUUGCUUGUAGUUCUGUGAAUCCUCUGAAACUACUUCAAAAUCCGCCAUACGAUUUUAUUAGGCGAGAUGGAGUAAGCUAGUAUAUACUGGUAUUUUGUAUCUCAAUGUUAGGAAACUAUAAUGAUCAGUUGCGUAUAUGCUUGCUUUUAUGCUUUUUUGGCUGGAUGGUGGAAGAUAUGCAUUCGUAUACAUAACAAAAUCAUCAUGUUAUGUUUGGGCCAUAAUUUAUUGGACCGCAGCCCAAUGAGAAAUAGAUCCAAGUCCAAGAAAAGAAAAAAGGUAAAUAUAAUAAAAUAAUACUCCAAUAAUAGUUGCACUUGUACAGUUGUACAUAAUGAUCACCUAAAUAGAGGAAAGGAGAGGACGCCAAUUUCAGAAAUAAAACUGCCUAUGAAAAUGGAAUUUCGACGCAUUAACGGAUUCGCUGCUUUACUUCUCUCAAAUAUGCUUUCACCCGCAGUAUAAAACUAUGCAUUGACCAGUUGGUUUUGAACAAAAGCAACACCUUUCUCAAUACUAGCCUUGAGCUCUGGCUUCAGAGCUUCCAAAGCCUUGUGUUCGUACUCGGUUAGUCCUUGAAGCUCCGAUGAAAUCACGGCCUCGACCCCCUUCCUCCCAAGCUUAAUCCUCGAAGCAAAGAAUGGGAGUUCAGUAAGGUUGGACUCAAUGUAGGAGCACUCGUACACAUCAGCGUCCCCAUCAAGAGCUCGGAGUGAAGACUCAACGAACCGUGCUGCAGCAUAGGCCAUGGAAAGAGUUGUGGAUUCUUCUUCUUCUCCAGCCUUUGCCUCCACAACUUCUGUCUCGGCAUUUUGGAUCCUCACGGUCAGCUCUUGCACUUGUUCAUCGGUGAAAGUAACACGAGGCAUUGCCUUUGAAAGCAGGGGUAGAAUAGUAAUCCCUGAAUGGCCCCCGACAACCGGGACAUCAACAUCAAUGAGAUUCAACUUCUUCUUCUGCGCAACAAAUGUAUUUGCUCUCACAACAUCAAGAGUUGUAACACCAAAGAGCUUCUUGGGAUCAUACACCCCUUUCUGUUUCAAAAUCUCAGCAGCAAUUGGCACCGUGGAGUUCACAGGGUUGCUGAUGAUGUGAAUGAAGGCAUCGGGGCAGUUGUCAGCAACGGCCUCGACCAAGGUUUUCACUAUGUUGGCAUUGGUGUUGAAGAGGUCGUCCCAGGUCAUGCCUGGCUUCCUCAGGACACCAGCAGGUAUGACGACAACAUCAGCUCCUUUCAAGCAAUCCGCCAGCUCAGAGGCUCCUGUGAAGUCUGCUACUCGAGAGGGAGUGUUGCAGUGACUGAGAUCAGCAGCAACCCCCUUGACAUUUGCUAUGUCAUAAAGAUUCAAGGUGGAAACGAGUGGAGACAUCUUGAUUAGAAGGGCGAGAGGCUCGCCUAUACCACCAACAGCUCCAAGAAUGGCUACUUUGUAGGAUGCACGAGGCUGGACAUAACUGUAACAUCUGUGGCUCUGUUUUGGGGCAACUCCAUUGUAUAAGCGGUUAAGAGCUGCGCAGCUUUCACCACCUAAGAACGACGAUUCUGAUUCGCAGUUCACGGCGUUACUUGCUUUGAGGCCACUGAAACUCCUAAGGCAGUUUUUUGAGUUGGGCUUGAUUCUGACGGCUCUUGACUGACCUCUUUUGGGGCUAGCAGAUGCAGUCGAUCCAAUAUAGAAGGUGGUGGUUGAUGUUGCUGCCAUCUUGCAACCUGCAAAGACAUACACAACAUUUCAACUUCACAGAAAACACUUCCAUUUUCCACAUAGUAAAACUAAGCACAACUUCAAUUUGUUAAACAGCACAACCAAAUAUAUGCGUUUUAUAGGACCGUUUUGACACGAAGUAAUGAAGAUAUCCAAUGGCAGAUCAGAAAAGAUGUGCAUCCACUGUCUUUUCAUGAUAGAGAAGAUGAGUAGAAAUGAUACAUGUUCAUUCAAAUAACUGGAUAUGCUGCCUAUUUGCAACAAUUGACGUACACAUGAUCACAUGAAUCAAGAAAACUAGAGCCAAAUUCUUCUCCCGUCGCCUGAACAAAACAAAACAAAACAAAUCAAAUUCUAGAACGCCCAAGAUCAAAGAUACCUCAUACCUGAAACUGAGAAAGCAGAGCAUACAUUUCCAUCUAACAUAGAAACUCAGAAGAAUUCAACCUAUAUUUAACUAAAUUCCAAUAUAUAUUCAAUGAUGAUUUAACAUAAAUAGAACACCACGAAUUUCCUUUAAUACGUGAAGAAGUAGAGACAUUGCAUCAAUUAAUCAAUGACGGCCAGAAAUGAGAGAACCAAUGGAAUACAGAGGAACAAAAGCCGACAUUUAAAUUAAAGUUCAACAACCAUUUCAAAAAUCGCAACAAAGAUCUAUGAGCCUAAACUAGUUCAAGUUAAAUCUAAAUUUUGUCAAAUUAUCAUCGUAAAAAUAAAAAGAGCGAAACCUAAUCAAACGCACAGCAAUUAAAUAGAAACGUGAAUAAAAAAGAAGAGAAAUUAGCAAGAGUAAACGUACCUUGGAGCUUGAAAGUUCAAAUUGAGGUGGUAGAGUAAGAAUUAAGGAAAAGGUGUGGCUGAUUGAAUGGAUUAAAAGGGAAACUUUUUCAUACACACAGAGACACACUGGAGUCCGUGUGAGCGAGGUUUGUUCUCAGUUUCUCCGCCGACGGGCCUUAGUGGAAUCAACAUACAUCGCUGUCACGGAUUCACGGCAACCAUUACCUCUUCCGAUCGGAACUCGUUGAAGAAGUGUGAUGAAGAACUCAAUCUGAUAGGUUUUCGUGUGAGUGUGACUGAACAAGAGAGAUAGAAGAAGAA